GCCUCUGCGCAUAAUCUCCACUCCACAACCAGCAGCAUGACCACCGGCAAAACCAACCAACCUGCCGGCGCCAUCGGCCCGGAGCCGUUCAUGAAGAGCGCCGAGGCCGUGCCGGUGAUCCCCGUCGUCGGCCUGACCACCGACCCCAAGCUGUGGGUGUGCUUCUACCAGGGCACGUGGGUGCUGGCGACCCUCGUCCCGGGGAUCGUCUCCAUCCAGAGAAACUUCGCGCCCCGCCGCGGCGACGUCGUCCUCGCGAGCAUCCCCAAGUCCGGCACCACGUGGCUCAAGGCCCUGGCGUUCGCCACCAUGGCGCGCGCCGCGCACCCGCCGGCCGAUAACCCCGGGCACCCGCUGCUCCGCCUCAACCCGCACCAGUGCGUCCCCUACAUGGAGAGGAUGUUCGCCGCCGGCGACGAGGCCGUCAUGGAUACCCUGCCGUCGCCGAGGCUCAUGUCCACGCACCUGCACCACUCCAUUCUCCCCACCUCCAUCACCAACAACCCCGACUGCAAAAUCAUCUACAUUUGCAGGGAUCCCAAGGACAUGCUUGUUUCGUUCUGGCACUUCGUCAGAAGGGUCAACGCCGACAUCUCCUUCUCCGACGUGUUCGAGGCCGCCUGCAACGGCACGUCGGUGAGCGGGCCCAUCUGGGACCAUCUCCUAGGGUACUGGAACGCGAGCAAGGCGAGCCCGGAGACGGUGCUGUUCCUAAGGUACGAGGAGAUGCUGCGCGACCCCGCCGGGAACGCCAGGAAGCUGGCGCGGUUCGUCGGGCAGCCGUUCUCGCCGGCUGAGGAGGAGGCGGGGGUCGUCGACCAGAUCGUGAGGCUCUGCAGCAUCGACAAGCUGAAGAGCGUCGAGGUCAACAAGGGAGGCUCGGGCACCGCCGGCACCCACUUCGCCAACGACUGGUACUUCAGGAAGGGAGGGGCGGGGGACUGGGCCAACCACAUGACGCCGGACAUGGCGCGCCGCCUGGACGCCAUUGUCGAGGAGAAGCUCAGCGGAUCGGGCCUCUCGUUCGCGCGUGAUUGAUGGAUUCAAUACUGUGAUGAAUAAGAAAUAUUGCCGCAAGCAGAGGCAUGCAUGAUUUCUCUCAUCAGCUAGCUCGCUGUCUUGAAGACAGAGAUGACACGUUCAGUUUUCUUCUCUGUCAUCAUGGUUGUAUGGUGCUCAUAGCAUAUGCCUGCAAGGCUGCAACCAUGUACUGCAAUAAGGAUGGCCUGAUGGUCCCUAAGAGGCUGAUGCCGAAAUUCUAUUAUCUAAAAAUCGAAAGUUUAUUGUA